AUGCUUCUCUUGUCGUUUGUUCUCCUUGUUGCUAAAGAUGGAUGGGCAUCUUUCGGCGGCCUCCCACCUUUGCCUGCCUUGAAUCAGGGUGCAUCUUCACUGGGUUUUUCAUCAGCUCCUACCGAUACUGCUCCAGAAGUAGGCGCAGGUGCACGACCUAAAAAUGUUAACGCUGGCAGCACGGACGUGUUGGGCCUCCAGCAUCAAGCGGGAGGAACAAGUGGACCGUGCGCUAGGCUGACUGCUGAGUCAACUAACGUCGGUCGCGAGUGUUGGGCACAAGUGUGGAUUGAGGCAGGCUGUCUUGCGGACAGCGUGCCCCCAUACGAGCAAUGGCACGCGUCCCAAAGUCUGCAGAUUCUUAGAGUCGACGCUCAGCAAUGGGCAUCGUUGCCGGACCCAAAGCAUCGGAGACAAUGCUACGGAGCUGAUGCAGCUGGAGGUAUAAUGGGAGGAGAACAGGAUCUUCAAUACGGCGAAGCAGGGAUGGUGGAGCAAGGGCAGCAACAGGGCUCUGGGCCUCUUGCUGCGCCGACGCCUCCAGGCAAAAAGCAAGGAAGCUUUGUUUAAGGGGAUAAAUCAAUGUAGUUUUAUUUCGCUAAACUUGUAUUGUUCUUGUGUAUUAUAUCUCUCCUAGUUAGGACGGUUCUACCACUAUAUAGUGCAAUUCCAACGUCGAGUGGGAGAAAUGAUAAGCCCUACUCCUUGAACUACAAUUACAACAAAUGACUUCAAGGACGGAUUGAAACAUAGCAGAAAGUUCCAGUUGAGCCCUUUUUAUUUGUAUAGUGAAUGUGGACGUGAAGCUGAAGAACUUAAUUAUACCUAGAGAUCUUCUAAUUCGAGCAUUUUGCAGCGUCAUCGGACCACUUUGUCUCUUUGAUCCAGAGUUCUCGCGUUGUCAUUGUCAACUUUGGUAGCGAGAUGUGUGGGUUUUGCGUACUCAUGGCACCCGUCUACGAGCUGCUCGCUGAGAAAUACGCCAAAAAGCGGUAUGUUCUGGCGGAUCCGUCAAAGGAAAUCAAGGGAAAAACAUUCGCGCACCAGGUGCUCUUUCUCUAUGUGGACGUGCAAGCUGUGCCAGAUGUAGGCGACAUGUUCGGAGUACAGGGUCUGCCAGCCUUUCGCACUGUCAUCGACAGUGCUGUGGUUCCUUUCCUGACGACCGAUGGGGCUGACACUACAGGCCUAGAAAAUAUGGUUUCGCAGGCAUUUCAGUUGGCUGGGCUCGCCGAGUCCUCUGGAGAUGACCAACUAAAUAAUAUGGCAAGCCUACCUCUAGGUAGCGGAAGUCAGGCGAUCGACGUUCCAGGGCUCCUACCAGGUAUAUUUCUACUUCUGAUGUUGAUGAGAGGUCAUUUAGCGUUGAGGUAAUCACUACUUGAUCAAUAGUAUAAUAUUCUUGCAGAAACAGGAGUACCACCUACGACAAGUAGAUCGAAAUGCAACUUAUUUUCUAUUUCAGUCUACUUACUUUGAUCCUGGAUGAAAUUACAUCUGUCUUCCUUCGCAACACUUCUUGUCAGGAACGACGGGAACUAGCGCAGGCGGGGUUCAGUUGGAUUUUUCAGCGGCUACUGAUCAGGAUCUAGUGCAGAGUCUGAAAGCCUUGCGGCGUGAGAUUCGAACCCGUGGUAGCAAAGGUGCAGAUACUCUAAAGCUCGCCUUGUAUAGCUCCGACAUGACCGACGGUGGCGCAUCUUCAUCUACAACCAGUAGCGCAAAGACGAGAAAUACAACAACCACGACUGGGAUGGAUUCCAACAUGGAUCGCGUAAAAAUCCCCACUGGAGGAGUUGAACCUGCAGCUGGUUCAACAGCAAGCUCUGCUUUUCCUCUUGCUGCAUCCUCAGUACUCGGAAAGCCAGAUUUGCUUGGCGUGAAUAAAGACGAACUACAGUCUCUCGUAAUCAUUGGUGCAGGGCCCGCGGGCUUGGCCGCUGCGUUGUACGGUGCUCGUGCGGGUCUAUCUCCGGUCGUGAUUGCCCCAAGAAUGACACACGCGGGUCAACUUCUCGGCAAGGGUGUCGACGUCGAAAACUAUCCUGGCACUGAACGCGGAACGGGUGCGGCUCUUGUCACCGACAUGCGAAUGCAGGCUGAAGCGUUCGGUGUCCAAUUCGUCACGGGCUAUGCGGAUGGAAUCGAUUUCGGGGAUAUAAAGUGCUCGUCAACAACAUCUCCAAAGACCUCAGCAAGUAAGAUCUUCACAUUGCGAUUGCAGAAGGAGUUGCUCACUGGAUCACCAGCAACGGAUAGAACAAUUGAGCCACAGGUAGCACCGCAGCAGCAGAAAAACAAGGUGAAUCAUGAGGCGUUUGCUAUGCAGUCGCGUGCAAUCGUUCUAGCUACUGGAGCACAGGCACGCUGGCUCGGCAUCCCGGGUGAGGAAGAGCUUCGCGGACACGGUGUGUCAAGCUGUGCCGCUUGUGACGGCUUUCUCUAUCGCGGGAAAACCUGCGCUGUCAUAGGUGGCGGCGAUUCCGCUGUGGAGGAAGCAAUUUUUUUGUCCAAGAUAUGCAAAGCGCCGUUGCACCUAGUGCAUCGACGCGACAGCUUGAGAGCGGGAAGGGUCCUCCAAGAACGGCUUGCGCGACGCGUCGACGCUGGAAAGGUGCAGAUGCAUUGGAACAAACUAGUCACUUCGUUCAUCGCAGACACGAACGUCGAUGACGCGCUAGCUUCAGGUGCAAAGAAACUCGUGUCCAUCACUCUAAAAGAUGCUGCGAGUUCUACAGCCUCUAUGUCUGUUAGGGACGACAACAAGACAACUUUAGACAUCAAUGCGGCUUUCGUAGCAAUUGGCCACGAUCCCAACACCGCUCUGCUCCAAGGAAUAGCACGUUUCAAAGGAAGUUCUGGCUACUUGCUUACUGGAAGUCAGGCUCAGGGACCAACUUCAUCAAUGCCAAGCAGUACAGAGGACGUAAAGCGGGAACAUUUCACAACCCAAACAUCAAUUCCCGGACUCUUCGCCGCAGGAGAUGUCGCAGAUUCCGUCUACAGGCAAGCCAUCACAUCAGCGGCCAGUGGUGCGCAAGCUGCUAUGGACGCCGAUCGAUGGCUUUCUGCAUUAACGCCAUGCUUCAGUCCUGGAACUUCUUCCUCGAGCUAAGUGCAACAUCCAAGUGUAAGAGGAUGGAGCACAACGACGCACAUAUAGUUGUGGGAUCGUGUUCCCUGUCGCCCUGGUAAAUUCGAGUUUCAGCACCGUCAACGUCAUUCUGUUUCAGUUUCUGCAGACCUAAUUGCCUGUGCAUGUAUCUGGCUGUCCUCUCACUCAUGAAAUCGACGCAUUGUUGAGUGCUGACACACCAAGCUUGAAAACAUUCAAAGGACAUCUCUCUAGCCCUCCAGUCACCUCAUUGGACACUUCUAACACGAUAAAAAGAAAAUGUAGCAGUCUAUUUCUGUCUCUGCUGUGAUUAUGAAUACGUAUGUUGCUUUGCAGAAUUGCUUACACCAAGAAAAUGUGUCACCGAGGAUGAUGCCGGGCAUCACCUCGGUAGAAGCAGAAAUCAACUGUGCUCCCUUUGGAAACAGAAAGUGC